GUGAUAGUCUGAAGCCACCAUGCAGGUGAGGGCGUCGCCGCUGACCAUGGCUGGUGUGAUAGUGGCUGCAGCGGCCUUGUUGGCAGCCACAGAAACUCGCUCCCCAACACCCAUCAUCAACACCAAAUAUGGCCAACUGCGGGGUUUUUUAUCAGUCCGUGGAUGGGUACGGCUUGCGUGUGGCGACGUAUCUUGGUGUACCUUACGCCACGCCUCCGGUGGGCGCCAAUAGGUUUAGUCCUACCCGAACGUUGUCACAGUGGGUGGGGGUACACGAGGCCGUCACCUUCGGUCCUGCUUGUCCUCAACGACUGCCAGACAUUUCCAAUGAGACCGCGGCACUCACCCGCAUGUCACGCGGUAGACUACGGUCUUUGCAACGUUACUUACCAGCACUUAAACGGCAAAGCGAAGACUGCCUUUACCUCAACCUCUACGUUCCUGACGAAGCCAAACCAUCGGCCGCCUACCCUGUGGUGGUGUUCUUGCAUGGAGAGUCGUACGAGUGGGGAUCAGCCAGCCUGUACGACGGUUCAGUGCUUGCGGCGCUAGGCAGGGUCAUCGUCGUCACCAUCAACUACAGGCUUGGUAUUCUGGGGUUCUUCAAUCCCAACGUGGACCCUGUCGGACGCGCCACUGUAGCCAACUACGGUCUAAUGGAUCAGCUGGCAGCGUUGCACUGGGUACAGGAGAACAUUGUACGCUUUAGUGGUGAUCCAGGGCACGUGACAGUAAUGGGUCACGGCACAGGGGCAGCAUGCCUCAACUUCCUGGUUAUUUCUCCAGCUGCGGCAGGCGCGGGACUGUUCAAAAGGGCAAUCCUCAUGUCUGGGUCAGCGCUGAGCCCUUGGGCGGCUGUACAAGAACCUGUGUACUACGCCGUGCAGGCCGCCCGCCAGCUUGGAUGUAGUGUACCAGAAAAUUUGUACCGUCACUAUGAGACGCUGCUCCACUGCCUCCGCGACAGAACCGUAGAUCAGAUUCUGCAGGUAGACUUAGAAACGCCGCAGUUCCUGUCGUCCAUUGGACCAAGUGUAGACGGCGUCACAAUCCGGCCUGAUUGGAAGGAGCAGCUUGAAAAAAUGGGAUCGGAGGAUCGCACGCCUGUGGACCUGCUGAUGGGCGUCACCACAACCGACAUCCUGGAGGUGUUCAGCGACGCCGAGAUCCAACACGGAUUCGAAGCUGAUUAUCGCGACCGUCUGCUGAGGACCUUCGUUACCAACAACUAUCACUACCACCUACAGGAAAUCGUGCUAGCCAUCACAGCAGAGUACACCGACUGGGCCCGCCCUGUGCAGCACCCAGUGCACAUCCGUGACCUUACCGCUGAAGCUCUGCACGACGCGGCCUACGUCUCGCCCGUCACCAUCGCCGCCAAUCAGUUGUCAAGCUCAACGAGAACCACUUUCCUGUAUGUACUGGACCACCGACCAGACGAUCCUGACCCAGAGACUGGGCCUGAAGUCUCCCUCAACGAGCUAUUGUACGUGUUCGGAGCACCGUUAGGUCCAGUGGGUCCCCUGGCGGCACCGACUAACUACACUAAGACGGAGGUGAGCUUGAGCGAGGCCGUAAUCACAAUGUGGACCAACUUCAUCAAGACCGGAAACCCGAACGAGAGCGGCGUUGGUGGAGCAGGCCCCUCAGCCAGCAGGGAGACGCACCGCUACAGGAGUCCUGAGUGGCCUCUCUACGAUGAUGUUUAUAAGAGGUAUCUCGACCUGGGAGGGCGUGGCCGUGCUCGGGACCACUACAGAGCAGGACGGGUAGCGCUGUGGUCAUGGUUGGUUCCCGGAUUAGAGACAGUUGGCUCGCGCUACGGCGCGGACUCCUCAUUCCACAAGCUUCCAGACCAUGACGAAGUUGACACAUAUUCUGGCCCGACACGCCCAAGUAAUCUGUCAAGUAAUUUUCUACCCCCUUCUACUACUUUCGCACCAACGCGGCUCAUCACACCUGCGCAAGUCCAUGAAGUGCAUCCACCUACCAUGCUCGUCUUUCCGAAUUCCAGUCACGUCGCAGGACUACUAGAAGAUGUAUCGCGUGGCCAAGUUUUCCCUCACCACCAGCAACACCUUGGUCAGUUUCCUUACACGACGGCUCUCAGUCUUACUGUCGCCAUCGGAUGUUCGCUUUUGAUCUUGAACCUUCUAGUUUUUGCGGCAGUUUACUAUCGUCGCGAUACUUCUCGUCAAGGAAACAACAAGAUCGUAGGUUUAGGGACACAUGAAGGAAACAAUACCGAGGGCAACACUGAUGUUCAGCUCCGCCCUUCAGGUGAAGCAGUGGCUGCCAAACCUUCGUCACCGUCUCAGUGUGGAACGUUACGUAGCAGCUUAACCACAUCGUGUGACAGUGAAGCACACCAGGAAUGGCCGCCAGACUACAGUACCUGUUGUCAGAGCAGCAAGGGCAGUGAGACAUCAACUGUAACGAGAACGGGGUCUCGACCACCUCACAAUGGUACAGCGCGUGUGGUUUCACGACCGCCGCCCCCCCCAAGAUCCUCUUCCUACCCGUCCCACAAAGAACCCCAACCGUUGCUCUCCCCAACGGCUCUCCUCCACUCCAACAGCACUGUUUGUUCGGAGAUGCGGGUGUAAGCUCUUGCUAAGAUGAAGAGUGUCUUCGAUUACCGAACUUACAUUAUUCCUAAAAAAAAAAAAAAAAACUAACGACCGCUGAUAAAGAAAAAAAUCGUGUCUACGCUUUAAGUUCAGGAAAGAACUU